ACGUCCUACAUUUUAAACUCGACUGGUCGUACGUUGUACACUCAUCUGUGAUCAAUCAAGCCGGACUUUCGGACAUUUUGUACAGUUUAAGACUUCUGUGCUUUCAACGUGACUCGAGUUAAACAAACAUAGAGUUUAUUUCUUAAGUACAUACGGCUGAAUCAUGUCGCUGGUUGAGAUAGCGGACGGUGCCGGAGAGACAGUUCAUCUCACAGAGACAGAUGGCUGUAGAACCUGCACAUUUGGAAGGGAGCCUUCGGAGCAGGGGCGGCUAAUGAGGAACAUCUGUAAUCUGGAGUGCAGACCGGACGAUAUCUUCAUACUAGCAUCCCCAAAGUCAGGUACGCACUGGACAUGGGAGAUCAUAAGCAUGAUGAUAAACGGACGAGCGGAAACCAUCCCCAAACCUAAGAUUGACAAUAUGCUUGAAAAUCAGCCCCAUGAUAGCUUGGCCGCGAUUCCUAACCCCCGCGUGCUCAACUCGCACCUGAGCAUUGAUUGGUUGCCCAGACAAAUGUUGGAAAAGCAGUGCCGCAUUGUCUUCAUAUUACGCAACCCCAAGGACAUGGCCGUGUCCUUUUACAACCACGUGAAAGGCAUCAAAAGCUACCACUAUCAAGGACAGUGGAAAGACUUCUUUCCAUUUAUACUUAAAGGAGAGAUGGAGUACGGGAGCUGGUUUACCUAUGUUAGAGAAUGGGAACGGUUCAUACACGACAACCCAAACUACCCAAUACAUCUGAUGUUUUAUGAGCAGUUAAUUAAGGACUAUGAGUUGGAGCUGCGCCGUCUGGCGACCUUUUUGGGCCUGGACCUGGACAGUGGGCUUCUAGCAGAGAUAGCGGACAAAUGCCGCUUCCACAACAUGCAAAAGGACAAGGCUCUACCUGCAGAACUACAAAAAACUUUAAUAAAACAAAACUUUAGUUUCUUCAGGAAAGGUAAGAUUGGCGACUGGAAGAACUGGUUCACCGUGGCCCAGAGCGAGGAGUUUGACCGCGUGUACGAAGAGAACAUGAAAGCCUCCAGUCUCACGUUUCAGUACAACUGACUACUUAUAUUCAAAGUCACGGAACUUACAUGUAUCUAUUCAUAACAAUCACUACGCAGAGUCGUCUUGCCAUGCUCUCACGUACAAUUUGAUCCAGCUUCGCUGGUUCAAUUCAAAUCUUUGCGCGGAGGUUGUAUUCAUAAUAUUCGUAAUAGUCAUUGGAAUGUAAACGGGUAUUGUUUAACAGCUAUUUGUAAUAAAUUGAAUAACCUGUA